AUGGCCUCUGAAAUGGAUACCUUUGCGGCCCGCCUAGCCAGCUUUGACAUAGUGCUGAAGCCGGAGAAACGCAGAUCUUCCGGCACAAAAACACCCAAGGCGAUUACAUGGCCGCACCAGCGACCUUCACCAGCUGAGUUGGCACAUGCUGGAUUCUACUACAAACCAUACGAGACAAAUCCAGACAACACAACAUGUUUCGAGUGCCACCGGGCACUAGACGGCUGGGAGGAGGACGACAACCCCGUCACAGAGCAUCUCAAGCAUGCGCCCGACUGCGGAUGGGCCAUCAUGAUGGACCUACAACAAAGCAGCUCCAACCCUGCCUCAAUUGAAGACCCUACGGGCGACCGGAUCACACAAGCGAGACUGGCAACAUUUGGUACGGCAUGGCCUCAUGACGGGAAAAAGGGCUGGAUGGUUGAAGGCGGAUGGUAUUUCUGCCCUACAGACGAGAGCAAUGAUCUAGCCAGCUGUGUCUAUUGCAAGUUGUCAUUAGAUGGCUGGGAACCCAAGGACGAUCCAUUUGACGAACACUAUCGUCGGUCCUCAGACUGCUCAUUCUUUGUCUUCGCCCAGCCUCCAGGAAAGAAGAGCAAAUCCACUCGUUCUAAGAAGCCUCGUGUGUCCAAGACGUCCUCCCGACUUUCAACCCAAUCCGUUGGCCCAGUUUCAUCCGAAGCGCCCGAUAUGGAGAUGGAUGACUCCAUGGAUCACAGCAUCAUAUCCCAACCCACCACAAAAUCCAAAUCUACCAAGAAGGCAGCUAAGAGCAAAUCAAAGGGAACCAAAACCAAGAAGGAAGAAUCAGCGGAGGUGGAAAGCCAAGUUGAGGCUGAUAUUGAGGAGGUCACCCAACCAGAGCCUCUCAAACCGAAACGUGCAGCCAGAGGAAAGAAGAGGGCCAGCGAAGAUAUCAAGGAUGAACCAGAACCCGUUAACAUGGAGGAAAGAGAGCAAUCACAGCCGCCAGCAGAACCCCCAGCUAAGAGACGCGCCACGAAAACACGGAGCAGCAGCAUUGCUCGCAAUUACAAUUACGAACACAGUGACUCUGCCAUGGCAGACGUAGAGCCAGUUGAUGACACUGCUUCGGAAGAAGAAACCAAUAGAGGUCGCAAGCUCACAAAAAAAAGUGUGUCCAAGGCGCGGAAGGUCUCCGAUGUGCCUGCUGCAUCAAAAGCCCCGUCAAAGGCGCGAGCCCCUCGUGACUCGGAGAUCGAAACAGAAAUUGAAGCAGGUGUCGAAGCAGAUUUCCCCAAACCUGCCCAAUCCGAGCCUGAGAUCGAGGCUAAGCCAGAAGAGGCACGGGCAUCAAAGAAGACAAAAUCGAGCAAAAAGUCCAAGGCUGUGGCUAAAAUCCCCGAACCGACCAUACAUGAUCAAGUAGAGGAUGCCAGUGAUCGCGAAAACCGUUCAGAUCCUCACGCGGAACCGGUAGAUGAUGAAACCGAGGCACCUGAGCCACCAGCCCCAAAGAGCAAGUCGGCAAAAGGAUCGAAGAAAAAGGGGACAAAGAAAACUAAGACCGAAGAGACUAUAAAGGCACCGUCGCCAGAGCCUCGAGAAUCUUUAGGGCCCAGCGCUCCCGACAUUCGGGAUGAUUCCGAGCGUCAUGACUCCUUCAUCUCCGUCGAGAUUGUCACCAAGGAGCCGGAGCAUGCACCGGAGCCUGAUGUACCAAUGGUUAAGGCUGAAUCAAAGAAGGUGUCCAAGAAGAAGGAUGGCACAUCAAUUAAAGAGAAGAAGUCCAAAAAAUCCGCGAAAAAGACAGAGCAAGCUCCUGUCCCAGAACCCCUAGUCGAAGAACAUCGCGCGGAAUCAUCGGUCGAGGAACAUGAUGAUGAGUUCGAGACUACAGAUGAUUUGCCUGACCAGCUUGAGAUGAUCAACCCUCCCCAAGAGUUUUCUCCGCUGCCACAAGAGAUGUCCCCCGAGCCACAAUCUCAUCGCAAGACACCCAGUCUACCGCCAAAGACCGCCAAACGGUAUAGCGAUAUUCCCCACGAAGAGCAUCUUGCAGAGACCCUAGUCCAAAGCCAGGGCUCCCCUCACGAAGUGCCUGAGCCUCGGCGGAACUCAAAACGUUCCAACCGGGCAGUUUCACCACUUCCGCCAGCUCACCAAAACACUCCUUCACUAUCACCCCAGUCAUCAGAUGCCGAAAACCAGCCUCCAUCGUCGCGGCCCUCGGCAUCCCGUCCACCUGUUCAAUCAACACCCAAGCAUCCCGAGUUUCGAGCACCUCUGGCAGUUAGUACUCCAUCACCAUCCAAGCGCAACGCCAAUGGUGGAUUUGGACCCUCCGGUCAUCCAUGGACACCGGUGGAUAUUGAUGAAGUAUUGUUUGGAGAGGCCAGCGACAAGGAAAACGCGGAUUUGUCUGGACUUUUCAAAGGUGUGAAGGCCGGCUUGACUAGCCCAGAGAAGAAGAUGACGGUUCAAGAAUGGAUCGCGUGGAACGCAAAGAAUGGGGAAGAACGACUGAAGAGAGAGUGCGAGCGACUUGUCGGCCAAUUCGAGAAGGAAGGUGGACGAGCAAUGCAGCGACUCGAAGCUAUCGAAUGCAUCGACUGA